GCAGACAGCUGGUGUUAACUUACAGUGCUUUAGUCUGCAGAGCUAUCCAGCUAGUUGAAACCAACAAGACAGAGUCUCAACGUCUUUUUUACAUCGUGACGACCAAAACUGGAUGCAGUAUUCCAAUUGUGGCCUUACCAAGGCAUUAUAAAGUGGUAUUAGCACUUCACUUCAUCUGAAGAAGCAGAAGAUUUGGAGACACACCAGCAUAUAUUCACCAUGACUGAAGAAUAUAUUGAAGGAAUGUCUCCUUUUCCCUAUGAGGAUGACGAAGCCAUUCCAUGUGAUAAAAUGGACAUCCAGACGUUUGGAAAAGUCUUCCUGCCUAUAUUGUAUGGCCUGGUGUUCGCCAUUGGGCUGAUAGGGAAUUUUCUAGUGGUUCUUACCAUUCUGAAAGCCAGACACCAAAAGAGCAUCACUGAUAUUUUUUUCCUGAAUUUGGCCAUCUCUGACCUUCUUUUUGUGAUUUCUCUUCCUUUUUGGGCUUCUUAUAUUAUACAUGAUUGGACACUUGGGACCCUUACAUGCCAAAUAGUUUCUUCUUUCUAUUCUGUGGGCUUCUUUGGUGGCAUGUUUUUCAUAACCAUCAUAAGCAUCGACAGAUACUUGGCUAUUGUUCGGGCAACAUGUAUUAUGAAAUCCAGGACAGUCACCUAUGGAUAUCUUACUAGUAUAUCAAUAUGGGCCUUAGCAGUUUUCUUUGCAAGCCCCCAUUUUAUAUUCAUCCAAGCAUCAGACAGAAAGUGUACUUCAUUGUAUCCAGAACAUCUUACUCUAAUAUGGCCUGUUUUCAGCUACUUGGAAAUGAACAUCAUUGGAUUUCUUCUCCCAAUGUGCAUCAUGAGCUACUGCUAUCUGCAGAUCAUCAGAACGUUGCUGUCCUGCAAAAACCAGCGCAAACACAAAGCUAUGAAAGUGAUUUCACUUGUGGUAAUCAUAUUUUUUCUCUUCUGGACUCCAUAUCACAUCUCACUUUUUCUGCAGGUGCUACACUACUUUGAUGUCUUCAAAAACUGCAGUUCCUUAAGGUUUCUGGAUUAUACUGUACAAGUGACUGAGACAGUAGCUUUCAGCCACUGCUGUCUUAACCCAAUCAUCUAUGUUUUUGCUGGCGAAAAAUUCAGAAAGUACUUUUCCCACUUGGUUCUCAGAUGCAUUUCAUUCACAUGUGCCUCUGGGUCUUGUGGCAAAUAUUGCAGUGGAGUGCCUACUGCUAUUCCAGAAUGUGCUAUGACCAGUAAUCAUACCCAGAAUACCAGUGACCGAGAAGUGUCUCUCCUUCUUUGAUUGUUAACAAAUAGUAUUGAAUACUGGGGCAUACUGAAUACUGAACUAUUUUAUCCAGAUUAUCCAUAGACUUCAGUUUCUCAGUAUUCCUAGCACAACAGCUUUUGUCUACCAUAGGUAAUAGGACUAUGUGUCAAGUAUUGUCUUUAUAGGCAGAAAUAUAAAUUUAUUUUAUUUAUGAAGUAAUAUUAUUCUACAUUCCUGCUUUAGUAUCAGUUUAUCCUCCUUUUGAGGAAUAGCAAACAAGUAAAAUUAAUAACCAAUAAUUUUUAAAUUGUUUACAUCCUUGUUUCUUACUAUUUAUUGUUUAAGCAGUUUCAUCCUUGUUCCACAACAUAUUAUUCAGAGGGAGAAAGGUUAUAUAUUGGAAUCUCUGCCUGUGAAGUACUGCUCUGAGUACUUCACAUAAAUGGAGGAAUAGGAAGAAUUACUAUAAAAUAAAGCUACAGUGGCUCAUCUACACCACAGUUCUUGGUGCUAUCCUAAACAACUGAAGAAUCUGGUACUCUGCUGUAUUUCUACUAUCCACUUUUACCACUAGAUGUCCCCAUGUAUUCGUAACCAUCUCAUGUAUUCAUACCCACGUUUAUUCAUUUCAUGUAUUCACGAUCAUGUUUAUACUUUUUCUGUAAUCUUAUAUAUACUUGACAAAAUAAAAUAAAAUAAAUAAAUAAAUAAAAUAGAACAAGAGAGUAGAAAAGAUAGGGUGCAUUCAGAUCAUAGGAUAUGUUUGACAGAAUUAAA